UUAUGUUUAUAAAUUGCAAGCAUUAAAUCGAUAAUUGCAAGUUUAUAAUUAUUGGAUUCACUAAAAAUAGUGUUCGAGUGAAAAACAUAUUUUUAACAUGAAUACCAUAGCAUAUUUUAUUAUUGGUCUAGCAACAGUGAACGUGCUAAACGGUUAUGUUCUCCAAGUCCGUGAAGACGACAAACAGUCUAACAUUGACGCGUUAAUACAUAAAGCGGUACCAGUAAAGAAGUCCGAAAAAAUCGCCGAUACUGCUCGAAAACAUUUCAAGAACCACAAGCAGUAUAGAGUCAAGAGACAAGUGAAUGAUAAGGAUUUGGAAAGCAUUGUGCUUGCAAUUAAAACUGAUGAUGCAAAAGACGGGAACGGAGAAAACCUACAUGGGCGCUCGCGUCGUCGGGAAAAUGAAAAUGUGGCCAAUUUGUGGUCUGAUUUAAAACAAUUGGUGAAUAGCUUUGUGAAACCUGAUGCUGCUGGAGCUAAUUUUAGAUCUAAAGUGGAGAAGUAUAAUAUAAAGCCCGAACGUAUCGAGUUAAGGAGCGGUGAACCUUCCAUGAUGUACCAAAUACAGGCCAAUUCGGUUCUUAAAAGCCUAAACGACGCGCUAAAGUCGCAGACAGCGAGGAGAUAUUCCGAAAAAAUAGCUAAGGCCGCCGCUUACGUGUACCGUUUGAUUAAAGAGGAUUGAUUAAUUAAUAAACAUGAUUAAUCAGGCUCAGAUUGAUUAACUAACCAAUAUAUAUGAUUAA